UCCCAUCCCUAUUUGGCUCGCAAAAAAGAGUAAAUAUAAAUAAUAAACAUGUUUCGGAGUUCAUCAAAUUUCUCCAGGAGCAGUCCCCAACCCAGGCAUUACAUAGGUGAGGCUCAGCCGGGCACCACUGAAAAUAUCAGAAUCGAUUUGCUUACACAUAAAAAAAGACGAGCAAGAGUGAAUAGAGCCCGCUUCAUCCUUGGCAAGAUAGCCAAGAACGAAGCUGAGGGCAUAGCCGAUCCUCGGGAUGCUGAAGACAAGGCCAAAUUCCUUGCGGAGAUCGCGGAAUAUGAGGCGUAUAAGGCGAACCCGAAAGCGUUCAAGCCCCCCCAGCCAAAAAGAAAUCGGUCUCACGAUGUAAACGAAAGCGCACCUAAGAGGACAAAGGACUCUCAUGGUGAGCCGAGAGCAACAACCUACGUCAAUCGGGCAAAGAAGUUCAGCGAGGUGGCCAGAGACAGUCUGGCCAUGGCUCUGGUGGAUGAACUUAACGACGACGGUCGUCUGCUUUCGGAAAAGUGGGAGGACAUCGAGUCCAAGUUGACCGACAUGGUCACCGACAGGUUGGUUAACGCGCCGAACAGCCCCAUUCCGUCCUUCGACUCGUCAGAUGUGGUCGGUGGGCAUCGGGUAAUCAGAUGCGACGAUGGGUUUUCAAGGAGCUUCCUUGAAAAGUGUGUGGCUAGGAUCAGCCACAAUUGGUCUGGCCUUAAAAUAAGGUUAGUCCACGCCAGUGAGAUUCCGAGGAGACCCAGAGCGCGCAUCUGGUUGCCAAACGGGCAAAGUGAUCACAAGAGAGUGAUCACAUGUCUGCGAGCUCAGAACCCGGAUGUCUAUACAGAGGACUGGGCCAUACUGAAGGCGGAGAAGGAGAUGAAGUCGAGCCAGCCGUUCCUCCUCCUGAUAAACAAACGCUGCCUGCCGCAGCUAAAAGCUCUUGAUUACAAGGUUCGGUACGGCAUAAGGAAGGCCAAGAUCAAGAUCUUCCUAGCCGAGCCGGACGAGAUUUUGGAAGAAGUCGAUGACGACGACUUCGACGACCAGUUCCCCGACACAACUACUGAAGGCGAUUUUUGUACAAAAGGAGAAGAAGGGAUGUGGAUUAAAGAGGAGCCCGACUCUAAUUGGAGUCACUAGAAAGAAUGACAUCACUUAUCUACCUAUCAUUUUACAUAGUUUUAGCUACUAAGUUCAUUCAAUGCUUUGCAAAAG